CCUCAUCACAAAAGGGUUUAAGCCUUGAACAAAACCAAACCCACCAAUUUUCAACUUAGGGUUCUUUCAUUCACAACUUUCCUCUUUUUCAUCGUUCAAGCCAAAGGAGAACAAAUCCCAAUCGCCGCCGCUAAGGUUUUUCUAACUAUGGCCGACGAAAAUCACAAAGAAGUUCCUGUUCAUGAAGACGGGGCUUCAGAACCCAGUAAUGGGAAUGAUCAGGAUUCCGUCGAACUUGCUCCGGCGUCGCAAAAGGACGGAGAUGAUGUGAAAGAAGGGUCAAAGAAAAAGAAGAAGAAAAAUAAAAGCAAGAAAAAGAAAGAGACGCCUCAACAGACGGAUCCACCAUCUAUUCCGAUUGUUGAUCUUUUCCCGUCUGGGGAUUUUCCGGAGGGUGAAAUUCAACAGUACAAGGAUGAUAACCUGUGGAGGACUACAUCUGAAGAGAAGAGGGAGUUGGAGCGUCUUGAAAAGCCAAUGUACAAUUCUGUUCGACGAGCAGCUGAAGUUCAUCGUCAGGUGAGAAAAUACAUAAGAAGCAUAGUGAAGCCAGGGAUGUUAAUGACUGACCUAUGUGAGACAUUAGAAAACACGGUUCGAAAGCUAAUAUCCGAGAAUGGCUUGCAAGCAGGCAUAGCAUUUCCCACAGGAUGUUCUUUGAACUGGGUUGCUGCUCAUUGGACUCCGAACACCGGAGAUAAGACCGUGCUUCAGUACGAUGAUGUCAUGAAAUUGGAUUUUGGAACACAUAUUGAUGGAUGCAUAAUUGAUUGUGCAUUUACGGUUGCAUUCAAUCCUAUGUUCGAUCCUCUACUCGAAGCCUCACGUGAAGCAACGAACACUGGCAUCAAGGAGUCUGGAAUCGACGUACGACUUUGUGAUGUUGGUGCUGCAAUCCAGGAGGUCAUGGAGUCAUACGAGGUUGAAAUUAAUGGAAAGGUGUAUCAAGUAAAAAGCAUUCGAAACUUGAAUGGACAUAGCAUUGGUCGUUACCAGAUCCAUGCGGGUAAAUCCGUUCCUAUUGUGAAAGGGGGGGAGCAAACCAAAAUGGAAGAGGGUGAAUUCUUUGCAAUUGAAACUUUUGGAUCAACUGGGAAAGGAUACGUUAGAGAAGAUCUUGAAUGUAGCCACUACAUGAAGAACUUUGACGUUGGCCAUGUUCCACUGAGGUUGCCAAGAGCCAAGCAACUGUUGGCGACCAUUAAUAAUAACUUCUCGACGUUGGCAUUCUGCAGACGGUAUUUGGAUCGUCUCGGGGAGACUAAGUAUCUUAUGGCAUUAAAGAAUUUGUGUGAUUCUGGCAUCGUUCAGGCCUACCCACCAUUAUGUGAUAACAAGGGGAGCUAUGUUUCUCAGUUUGAGCAUACCAUUUUACUGAGGCCAACCUGCAAGGAAGUGAUAUCCAGAGGAGAAGACUAUUGAUAAUGCUUAGUGCUAAUCUGAAGCUUCCGAUAUAACAAUGGCUUCCAAGACAGUGCAAUAUGUUUGAAAUGGAGUCUUUCCUCUACACACUUUAAAGGCUUAUCAUCAAUACAUAAAUGGUCAAUUAUUAAGUGUUAUUCAGUGCUACUCUCGAGUGUAUGAGCCUUCUUACAUUAUUACAGACCAUCUUAAGUUGCAUCUUUUUGAAUGAACAAUAUUUAUUUUUGUUAA